AGGGAACAAAACUACAGUGGGAAUGGUUUGAGUCAGUUAAGAAACAAGAAAACAUCGGACGGACAAUUAUGUCCCUAUCGCCCCCUCCCCCACGAUUACAAAACACAUAACUCGAACCUCCAUCAACUACAUAUGCUCUCCAUCAUACAAUCCAUCGACGUUUCCAGAAAGCAAACUAAAAUCCAAUAAGAACCCAAAUCGCAAAAUAACCGUGCCUCUUUCAAUCCUCCAUCGUUUCCUUUCUCGAGGUCAGAAGUCUUGACCCAGCCCCUUCUUUUGCCCAUUUGCAUUUUCUUCAAGGAUAAUCGGGAAAAACAGGGGAGGUUGGGGGUGUAAAUUUCUGGGAUUGUCUAAUCAAUCUCCGAGCCUUUUGUUUACGAUACAUUUGAAUCGUUUUCAUAAAGAUUACAUUUCUAAACUGUGUAGGAAUUCAAUUUUGUUGAUACCGCUUGUUCCUUAGAUCAGUUUUAAUCCAUUGAGGUUUUUCUUCGAAAGGGUUGUUUGCAUGUAUCUAAAUUUAGUAACUUUUGAUCGUAAGCUUUUCAUCUUUAACCAUUUUUUAGCGUUCGUUUGAGGUUUUGCGUUUUUUCUUGGAAAUAGCUUGACAUUUGUGUGGGGAGAUCAAUUGGGUGUUUUGAAUCUCGAUACAAUCGACUAGAACCGAAUUGGUUGUGAAAUUCAAAUGGUUAGGGCUUAUUAUACGCAACUCGUAGAGGUACAGGCUUCAGAUGAUAACAUAAAUCUCUUCAAAUUGGUGAUGUGAUUUUGGUGUGUAUGAAGCUCAGACCUCCUAAUUUGGGGAAAGAUGUAUGCUGUCGGCAGGCUAAGCAGCUAUAUCACCCGGGGGGUUUCUACGGUUUCCGGCCCCUUCCAUCCAUUUGGUGGGGCCAUUGAUAUCGUUGUGGUUCAACAACAAGAUGGCAGUUUAAAAUCAUCUCCAUGGUACGUUAGAUUCGGUAAAUUUCAAGGAGUUUUGAAGGCAAGAGAGAGAGUUGUUGACAUUAACGUUAAUGGGGUUGAAGCCGAUUUUCAUAUGUAUUUGAAUCCAAGAGGAGAAGCUUAUUUUCUCAGGAAAGAGAUCGUUUCUGAUCGGGAGUCGCGUUCAGGUGAAGCUGAUAGAGAUGGGCGAUGCCUUAGGACAGUUAAGUCAAAAAGUCUUGAUUAUAAUUUCGAUCACUGUAAUUCACUUACUGAUGUCAACAACACCCAGCCUUUUUCCAGGAAUUUAGGGUUUGUUCUUGAAAGGAAAAAUAUGAAAAAUCAAGAUGGUGUUGGUGUUGAUGUUGGUAGAAAGUCUGCAGAUAGUGCUGAAAUUGCAGCAGAUCUUUUGGAAAUGAAGUGGUCCACCAGUCUUUCUAGUUCUACUAAAAGCAACAAAAACCUUGAACAACAUAACAAGGCUGAUGAUUGUGAUGAGAUCACUGGUGGAAAAUUGGAGGGGAGUUUGGUUUUGCAUGAAGAACACUUCGUAAACAAGUCAUCAUCAUCAGAAGAUAACGAGAGAAGCCCUCAGGUUGAUGAGGUUAUGGUAACAAAAGUCGACAAAGAUGGCAUUGUAGAAAUUUACGAAGGGCAUGGGGGUAAUUUGGAAAACGGUAUUUUGAAGGAAGAUAGCUUAAAAGAUGGGCAAGAAACAGUUGAAGAGCCUUUAAAACUCGGGGAUGGAUGUCUCACAGAAGUCGCAUGUAUUCAACAAGAAAAAGUUUCAGAAGAUGUUAAGCCAUGUAAUGUCGUUGCAGUUUCCGUUAGUCAAGUCAAAGACGAAGUCAAAUCACCAUUGGAGUUAAAUAGUCAACUCUCCAUAAGUCCGAAUCUCGGGUCGGAUUCAUCUCCAAGCACAUUUGAACAUGAGAUUAUCAAAGAUAUGAAGGGAAAUCUUAGAAGGUGUUCAAGCGAUACUGUUAUAGCUAAAAGUUAUAAAUUGUUGAAGGAUGAUGGCGUACCACAUACAAAAUCUUUACCAAAUUUAUGUGUUAAUUUUUACGAACUUGAUUCGAAACAAGGAAUCUCAAAGUGGGACAUACUCAGGAAAGAUGCUUCAAGGAUUAUAAAAGAUGGCGAUAAACAACCCACUGAAGAUACCAAAUCAAAGGAUCAUAAAAACAAUGAUGCAGCAAGUGGUAAAAGCUGGAGCCUUUGGCCAUUUAACAAAACAAGAAGCAAACGGUUUACACAAGACAUAAGAAAAGAUUCUGAAUUUGGUUGUGGGUCAGAGGUGGAAGGAGAAAAAGAUCCUUUAUCAAAGUCACAACAUAAGAUGCGAAGAGAGCUUACACCAACACCCCAACAGUUAGAGUCUUUGAAUCUUACAGAGGGAAAAAACACAGUAACUUUCAAGUUUUCUACAGCAGUUUUAGGGAAUCAACAGGUUGAUGCUAGAAUUUUCUUGUGGAAAUGGGAUUCUCGCAUUGUCAUCUCAGAUGUUGAUGGAACAAUCACCAAAUCUGAUGUUCUAGGACAGUUCAUGCCUUUGGUUGGAAGAGACUGGUCACAUAUUGGCGUAACGCAUCUAUUUUCAGCUAUCAAGGAAAAUGGAUAUGAAAUUCUAUUUCUUAGUGCUCGGUCAAUUUCUCAAGCCGAUAUCACUCGACAAUUCUUAAUCAACCUUAGGCAGGAAGGAAAAGCCCUACCCGAAGGUCCCGUGGUUAUUUCCCCUGAUGGACUUUUUCCAUCACUAUUUCGUGAAGUUAUUCGUAGAGCUCCUCACGAAUUCAAAAUUGCUUGCUUGGCGGAUAUUAGGGCGUGUUUUCCAGAUGAUUGGAAUCCGUUCUAUGCUGGUUUUGGAAAUAGAGACACCGAUGAAUUUAGCUACCUCAAAGUCGGAAUACCAAAGGGAAAAAUCUUCAUCAUCAAUCCAAAGGGGGAAGUGGUUGUAAACCGUUGUCAUGACACAAAAUCAUAUAGUUCUCUUCAUUCUAUCGUCAACGGCAUUUUCCCGCCAAAAUCUGAGCACCAGGAGGUCAACCUUGAUAAGAUCGAUGAGAUACACUCUCCUGAAAGAGGAUUAUAACUUCUGGAAACUUCUAGAAACUUCCAGACACUUCCGCUCUCCUGAAAGAGGAUCUCGCCAGGUGGACUACCUAGGGUAAGAGAUGUAUGUAUCCAUCGAUGUUAAAUCCAAAUGUCCUGCGUGCCCUAAUGCAACAAGCAAUCAAGUUAGGCGAAUCGAAUAGGAACCAAAAGGAAUAGAAUGUAUUCAACACUUGACAAAACAUCAUAUAUCUAGCUAAUUACCUUACCACUAGAAAUAAAUUUUAAUUUUGUAACGUUAUUUCAUGUGGCCAUAAUUUGGAAUAAAUAUUCAUUUUUUUUUCACAAAAUAAAUAAAAUCAGAAAUAAUGG